AUGCCCACAACACUGCCUUUAAAAGAGCGAAGCCUCUGUGAGGAGCUGUAUCUGCAGAGCAGUUCUUCAGAGGACGUUCUUGGUUUGAUGCUCAGAGCCUGUCAGGAAUCUUUUGCUGAAAGACAAAAUGACCGUGGAGUACCAAGUGACCGUUUCUACCGAGGACGUGGCCUUUGCUGGGACCAUAGAUGACGUGUACAUCACCCUGGUGGGCCAGGAUGGCAGCAGUGAACAAGUGAAGCUGGAUAAAAGCAAGUCUGCCUUCCAUAAAGGAGAUGAGUCCACGUUCACUGUGACCUGCUCUGAAGACCUGGGACAGCUGCUGGAGAUCCAGCUUGAAAAAUGGGGAUGGAUCAUCAUCAAAGACAGUUGGCUCCCUGCAAAGGUGGAGGUGGAGUCUCCUGAUGGAAAAGUCUAUAGUUUUCCCAUCUACCACUGGUUAACAGACAGCAAGAAGCACUUCUUCAGGGAGGGGGCAGCUGUGCUGGACUUCCAGGAGACGAAUCCUCAGAUGAUCAAGACGAGGAAGAAUGAGCUGAAGAAUCAGAAGAAUCUCUACAGGUGGGCCGUUUACAAAGAGGGAAUACCACUCUGCAUGGAGGCAGAUACCCUGAAGUCUCUGCCCCCGGAUGACCGCUACCCCUACACAAGAGAACUGGAGUUUAACUUCACAGCAGUGGCAGCGCUGGGAAAGCUGGGUUUGGAGGCGUGGUCUAAUUGUAUAGACAAGUGGAACAGCAUGAGGGACAUUGAACAGCUGUACGAGUGUCAUGUGACCUCCAUGUCAGAUUACGCCAUGAAGCACUGGAGGGAGGACGCCUUCUUUGGCUACCAGUUUCUAAAUGGAGUGAACCCGAUGAUGAUCCAACGCUGUAAAACUCUCCCAUCAAAGUUUCCUGUCCCCUUGGACAUGAACGUCAGCAAGUCUCAGCUCACUCUGCGGACUGAAAUGAUGAAAGGAAACAUCUUUCUGUGCGACUACAACAUUCUGGAUGGGGUGGAAACAAACACCAUCAAUGGGAGGAAGCAGUUUCUAGCAGCUCCGUUGGUCCUGCUCCACAAGAAUGAAGAUGAUGAGAUGAUGCCCAUUGCCAUUCAGCUAAAACAGGAACCAGGAGAGGACAACCCCAUCUUCUUCCCCACGGAUUCAGAGUAUGACUGGCUGUUGGCAAAGACGUAUGUGAAGAGCGCAGACUCCAACCUGCAUGAGCUCAACUAUCACCUGCUGCGCACUCACCUGCUGGCUGAGGUGUUUGCGGUUUCUCUGCAGCGCAACCUUCCCAGAGUUCACCCUGUUUACAAGCUCCUCAUCCAUCACACACGCUACACCCUGCAGAUCAAUGUCUUGGCUCGAAACUCGCUUAUCUCAGAGAGUGGAACUAUUACCCUGUACACAGCAUCUGGUGGAAAGGGCAUGCUGACCCUCUUGGACAGGAGUGUCUCCUCCAUGAGCUACAGAUCCCUCUGCAUACCUGAUGACAUCAUUGAUCGCGGCCUGGAAGAUGUGCCCAACUUCUACUACAGGGACGAUGGGCUGAAGCUGUGGAACAUCAUGCAAAGGUUUGUUCACGGCAUCCUCAGCUUCUACUACAAGACCGACUGCAUGGUCCAGAAUGAUGCUGAGCUGCAGAACUGGAUCCAGGAGAUCUUUGAAAAUGGCUUUCUGAGAUGCAAUGAGACUGGAAUCCCACAGAAGUUCACCACUGUGGCUGAGCUGGUCAAGUUUGUUACCAUGGUGAUGUUCACCUGCUCUGCACAGCAUGCCGCUGUUAACACUGGACAGGUCUUUGCACAUCCACACAUUCCUAAUAUUAAGAACAUAGAUAACCAUAUUGAUUUGAUAUGAUUUAUUGAUUUAUUUCAAGCAUUGUAGUC